AUGGAUGGUGGGGAAUUAAAAAUCUCCAUCUUCAUCAAUGAGUCCACUCCAACGGAAUAUAAGCCCUGGAAAAGCCAUAGAAGCGAGGUUAUAUAUAAAGUUGGUGAAUUAUUGAUGCACAUCGAAGAUUCCAUGAUAAUAAGGACAUUUGAUUCCUGGGAAAAGUCUCUUAAGGACCUUAUGUCGGAAACUGACAUCUCAAAACAGAUGAAUUUCCUUCUCGCGGUAUCCGUUUUGCACUUUUUCCAACGAAAUAUCAAUAAUAUCCGAUUAUACAGCGAUCACAUCUAUUGUUUGCUGCGAUCACCAGUGCAAGAUGUUUACUAUACAGCUACUGAAGUCUUACAUAUCAUUGCCAAUGAAAGUAUUGACGGAAUUCAGUUAUUAGCGAAGCCUGUUGAAAAUGCAUUCAAUUGGAUAAAAGAGACCAACAGCUCUCUUCAUAAGAACGCUCUUCGGAUCUUUAUGAAGACGAAACAAAUAAAUGAGCUGAAUAUAAUUGAAAGAAUUGCAGCUUCCUUCAAUCAUUUCUACGAUAUUAUCGUGUGCGAUAACAUUGAUUUAAGACGCAUGGCCAGCCGCAUCAUCCAUUCGGUUCUUUUAACCAUUUCUUUCCAAUCUACGAAUCCAUUUUCGAAAAUUAUGAUAGGCAACUUCUUCAACAAGUGCAUUCAGAUCUUUUCCAACCAGACAUCAUCCGACGAGCGUCUUCAUGGCGCAGUUUUGCUCAUAAGAUCGAUUUACGAAUUUCAACCAACGAUAAUCAACGAAGAAAAGCAAAGAAUCACUACCGGCUUUAUCGAACUUACAAAUAAAUCCGAGGACUUCCUUGCUAUCGAUUCGUACAAUCUCUUUCUCGAUAUUGGAAGAAAAACAGAUGCAAUUUUUUCUUCUUCAUGUUUACAAGCAAUCCUCGACAACCUUUUGGAGAAAGUCAGGGAAUCGAAUGAAACAGAGUCCUACUGCGACAUUCUGGUCGAAGCCAUCAAAGUUUACGAUGAAAGACUUGAUCUAAACAAGAUUACGGAAUUCUGCGUUGAAACUAUACUCAAUGAAAGCGUCUACAACAUUACAUGCCAGACAUUUAAAGUUCUGGCCACUCUGAUCGAAAGAGAUCCAGACACAAAAUUCGACCACGCUGUUUUCAAUCGUAUGUCUUUCCCUGACCAGGCAAUAAAAUGCUUACGACUUAUGACAAGAGUUGACCAACCAAUAGUUGAUAAUAUCUGCGAAAUAGUUAAUAAGGGAUUAUCUUCCUCAAAUAGUAUCGCGAACACAAUACAAGCACUCAAACUAGCAAGAGUAUUCGAACUAGAUUUGUUUGAUACCCCGGAUAAGCUAUACGAUGCUAUUUCGCCACUAACUCUUAUCGAUGACGAAAAAUUACAACUCGAAGUCAUAAAAACAAUAGCUUUGGCGGAAAGUUCAAUGUCUAACGAGUUCCUUUUGAACACAGCUUUGUUCGGAAGAUACGAAACUGUUCGACAAAAAGCAAUUAAGAAAUUACCAGCGACACCUGACGUUUCUACAAACCCAUUACUAUCGCAAAUACUUUCUGAUCCAUCCAUGGAGAUGAAAAAGGCUGCGAUCGACAUUAUUGCCCAUAUUUGCGAAUAUAAUGCUUUUUUAUUACAAGCGCCGAUCUUUUCGUUGGUCGAAGACAUCUUCGCGUCAAUCUCCUCAGCGAAUAAUUUAUCCAGAUCGGUAGAAUUGGCUUCUCUUCUCCCGAUAAUCGCAAAUAAAUUAACAAAUAUGAUAAAACCAUUGACAAAUGCGAUAAUUAUUGGAUGCAUGAGCUGUAUCUAUCCAGAUAUGCAGCAAAUAGAGCACUCAAACAACGUCUUUGCCUAUGAAAUUGCGAAUGUCCAACAGAAACCACAAGAUUUACUGAAAAGAGACGGUUUUCAGUUCAUCUCGACCACAGUACAGAUGGAACCGACCAAGAAUUCCGUGUUCAUCCGUAUAAAUCAGAACAAUUUGGACAUAAGAGACGGAUAUCUCCUCCAAACAAUCGCCGAAUUCGCUCACGACAUCACUCCUUUCCUCGAUUACGCUCUAAUGGUCUUCUAUCGGAUCUUUACAACGAGGACAAACCACAAAUUGUUGACUGUCGCAGCGACAUCACUGGCCAAGGUCACUUCCGGCAUCGGAAAUGGUCUGAACCUCAGACGUUACUGCCCACAGUUCAUCCCAGCGCUGACGAAAGUCCUCACAACGACGAAAUCUCAAAAAACUGCUAUUGCCAUUUUGAAAUUGCUGGGAACAUCCAUAGACAACUUUGAUAGUAGUGCUAUGCACAGUGAUGAAAUGGACUUGGAAUUGUCCGUCGACUUAACGAAAGAUUCUUAUUACACAGAUUUCGUUUUAUCCCACCUUUCCAAGUACUUUUCGCAUCCUUCCGAUGAACUACUUGAAGCUGUCACCCGUAUUUUCGAGACUUCCCCACAAGACGCCGCCAAAUUUGUCGGCCAAGUCAUACAAGUCUUCAUUAGAACGAUCGAAACCACCAAAGUUCCUCGUCGUUACAUAUUGUACAGCGAGUUGGAGCAGAUUACAGCCUCAUGUCCCACUGAAACUGAAGAACAUUUGCCAUCUCUUACGAAAUGCUUACUCCAACAUGUAUCGGAACAAGGCUGCAUGCUUCUCUUGGCAUGCCUAUCAUAUACGUUCAUGGGUGCUUUCAUUCCUUUCUCUCGUUCCCUGUUUUUGGCCGCAUUAGGCUGUGUAAUUAGGGAAGAAAACGUUGCAGAGACGCUCAAAUUCAUUGCAUUCAGUGUUUGCUACCAGAACCAGCCACUUUCAAUGAUGUUGGACGCUUGCGAAGACCUGAUGAACAACAGAUUGACAGAUACAAACGCCAGGAAGAUCGCGAAGAACCUUUGUAUCAUUGUACAAUCAAUGGAUUCAUCAAUGCAACAGGCCAGAAUCGCAAGAAUUGUCAGAACAUUGUAUCAAAUCAUUCCAAAAGAUUCUUUCCUUACAACAUUGGCAUUUUCUCUUGCCAUCACCUGCAAAAUGACAGAACACGUUGCCAGACAGUUCAUUCCUCUAUCAGUAGACACAUCCAAGCUCUACAAAGCUCUUAGAGAAGGAGUUUUCGACAUCAGGGCCACAGAUUUCAUUGAAAUCAUCGCGAUCAAGUUCUUACCGACACAAAUUGCGAUUCCUGACCAAGAAAAGACCGUUUCCUUCUUCGAUACAUGCAAAGCACCACCUGAAUUAGGCAUGAAAACAUGGUUGGAAGAUUUAUGUUCAUAUACAAUCAAAUCUUCACCAUCAAAUGUCAUCAGGAGUUGCUACACAUUUGUAGAGACACAAGUAUCAUUCAAGCGAUCAUUAUUCCCUGUUGCUUUCCUUUCGUGUUGGGCAGUUGCUUCCACUGAAUCUCGUAAUCAUUUCUCAGAAGUUGUUUCUCAAAUAGCUUUGCAACAAAACCACAUCAACCAAACAUUGUUGCAGUUAGCAGAAAUUGCUGAUAGAGCUUUGAAACCAUUUAAUGUUCCUUACGAUGUUUUAGGACAUAUAAGUGAAUCAAAGCCAUUAGCAUUAUACUUUUUGCAGAAAGCUCAUCAAAAAGAGCCGAAUAACACAAAAAUUGUUGAGAAACUGUUGGGAAUGAACAAUACAAUGGGAAGAAACAAGUCAGCGCAAGGAUUAUUGGCACAGACAUCUACAUGGCGUGAUAAAGCAAGUUCUGCAAGAUGGAAUGAAUGUUUAGGAGAAUGGCAGAAAGCAUUAGAUUUAUAUGAUGUUUCUCCUGCAACUUUGUCAAGUAGAAUUAGAUGUAAUGCACAUUUACAUAAAUGGGAACAGAUCAGACAAAUGGAAGAUGAGUUCUGGAAGAUGUCUCAAACAGAUCAGGAAAUAAACGCAAGACAUUUGGGUUGGGCUUUCUAUCAUUCAGAAGAUUUCAAUAAAUUGACAAAAAUCUUCCAUUGUUUCCCACAAGAACCAAGUCACUCAGAUAUCACUCUAAAGGCUGUUGUUGCAUUGAGAUUGAACAAAUGCAAGGACGCACAAGACUUAGUGGAUGUCGGUUUCAUGGCUAUCGCUAAAAACAGGAAGUUCUUCAAUGGUGGAGAUGCAAAUAGAGCUGCUCAUAAUUUAAGUACCGCACAGUUGUUGAUUGAAAUUUCUGAAGCCAUUAAAUAUAAAAUCCUCAGAAAUUCCAAUCAAAAAGAAGUAUGGAGCAGAAGAUUGAAAGGAUUCAAGAGAGAUGGAGACACAUGGAUCAAACUGAUACAAAUAAGAUCAUUGAUAUCUCUUCCUGACUCUGAUUUCGGUGUUUACUUGAAGAUAUUGAGUGUUUUGAGAAGAGAACAAAGAUGGGACAUAAUUGAUUCGUAUAUUGACAAACUCGCGAUGAAAGGAGCUCCUCCAGAAAUUGUUUUAGCAAGAGCGAAAAUAGAAUGGAGUAGAGGACAAAGAGAAGAAGCAAUUGACUCAUUGCGAAGUAUAUUAAACAGAGACAUGUCUCCUAAUGUUUCUGCACACGUUCACAGGAAACUCGCUGCUUAUUUGUCUCAAGCACAUCCUGAAGAAAUGCAUUCCGUCGCUGAUUUGUAUAAAGAAGCAACAGAAAUCUGCGCAAACGAUGCAAGAGGAUGGAUAGGAUGGGCUUAUUCAAAUAACGCAAUUGCACAAAGAGAAAUGAGUGAAGAUUACGGAAUUAACUCUGUUUCAGCUUUCUUGAGAGCAGUAAGUCUUUCUCAGACAGGAAACUUGGAGUAUUUGAUCUUGAUGUUCGCAACUUUCUUCAAGAUCCAGGAUUCGUCAAAGAUAUCUGACCAACUCGCUGAUGAUUUGCAAUCAUUGAGAUCUGAAAUGAUUGUUCAAGUUGUUCCGCAAAUCGCUGUACAAAUCGCUCACCAAGAUCCGAAAAUUAAAGGAAUUGUUCAUAAAAUACUUACGAAAUUUGGAAAUGACCAUUUCCAGUCAAUCAUGUUCCCUCUUGGAAUGUAUUCAUUCGAUGAAUCGAAACAAGAUCCAAAGGCACAAGCAGCAACAGACAUUUUGAACAAACUGCAGAAGAAACACAAAGAUGAAGCAAAAGACGCAAAAAUCUUUGUCCAAGGAAUGUUGGAUGCAGCUCUUACUCCUUUCGAAAGAUGGGUAAUCGCAUUGGAUGAAGCAGCACAAGCACAAAGAGAAGGGAAUACUCAGAAGUUGAGUUCUCUUCUUCAAAAGAUGUUCUCUAUAAUCACACAGAAAAGAUCCAGUGAUUUGGACAGAAGAUUCUACAAAUUGCACGGACAAACAAUUCAACAAGCUGCAGAAUUAUUCAAGAAGAACACAGACAAAUCGAUGUCGCAGAUGUGGGAUCUUCUCAAGCAGUUGUAUCAGAAUUGUUUGGACAAAACAAACAAACUAGAAAUAGUUUUGUUGCCAAGAGUUAAUGAAGAACUCUACACAAAAAGAGAUUUCAUGAUUUCAAUCCCUGGAACUUAUUCCGUAUCAGCGAAAUCAGAAAAAAUCAAGUACAUCGAUCCAGGAUUGCAAGUCUUAGGAACUCAACAACAUCCAAGAGUCUGCAAACUAAUCUCAGAAAGCGGAAAAACAGUUAAAUUCCUCUUGAAAGGUUCAGAAGAUUUGAGACUCGAUCAAAGAGUCAUGCAGUUCUUCAACCUCGUCAACUCUUUGCUGAGACAUGACGUGACAAUGAGAGACCACCCUGACGCAGCAAUUGUCGAAUACGCAAUUGUUCCUCUCGCGCCAUCAGCAGGUCUAAUAAGAUGGGUUGAGAACGCUGACACACUUCACCAAAUGAUUUGCGAUAUGAGAUACGCAUACAACACAUCGCAAGUCCCUGAAUUCGAUGUUUUGAAUCAAUACACUGGCGGUUUGUUCGGCCAAUUAACAACUGUCCAGAAAUUGGAAGCGUUCCAGAACAUUGUUCGCGAGUGCCCUGCAAACGAAGUUAGAGAUUUCCUCUGGUACAGGGCGACAAACGCUGAAGAAUGGCUGAGAAUGCAAGACAAUUUCACAUUGACAACAGCGUUGAUGUCAAUGAUUGGAUACGUCAUUGGUUUGGGUGAUAGACAUCCAUCGAAUAUCAUGGUUCAAAGGGAUACAGGAAGAGUUAUUCACAUUGAUUUCGGAGACACAUUCGAAACAACAAUAAACAGAGCAAGUUAUCCAGAAAAAGUUCCGUUCAGACUCACAAGAAUGAUUGUGAAUGCUUUGGACGGAGGAAAUGUCCAAGGAAUGUUCACCGAAUUGUGCAUAUCAACAAUGAAUGUUCUCAGACAGAACAAGAGUUCAUUGGUUGCUCUUCUAGAGAUAUUCAUUCACGAGCCACUUGAAGAAUCAUCGAAUGAAAGAUCUGGCCAUCUUCCGCCAACAGAAACAAUCGCUAGAGUCACUGACAAACUCCAGGGAACUGACAUGAACCCGAAUAAGUCUCUAGGAGUCGCUGAACAGGUUGAGAUACUCAUCAAAGAGGCUUCUGACUAUACUUUGUAUGUUUCUCAUUAUGCUGGUUGGUGUCCUUAUUGGUAA